UAAGGUUAAUACACGGAACGAUGCAGUUAAAAUAUCAGCGUCCAGAUAUUUUGGUCCAUCCCCUGUAACAAGUUCAGAACAGGAAUGAGUGUCGCUUGUGACCCGACCCCAGCCGAAGCCGAUCACUUGGGCAAACCCAGCGGGGUCUGCGGGCUCCUGGGCAGAGGGGCUGCGUUCAUGUACCGUAAAUACAGCCUGGGCCUGAAGCUUUCCCCCUCCCCGGCUCCCUGUCCCGGGAAAGCUCGUUCACCCCCGUCAGCCGGGCUCUGGUCCCGCCGUUCAGGGCCUUUGGCUCUCAAACUUUUGAGGGGCUGCGGUUUGUGGGGAAUUUGAAAGCCCACGGGGGGUCGUUUUCCAGAUCAGAUCAAAACUGGAUUAGGAAAAAAGCCAGAUCUCCUGUGAAUGGAAAAUCGCAGGGGAGCCAGAUGGAGCUGGAGUCUGGGACAUCCCCCCCCGGGAAAGGGGGCAGGGCCCCCUGGGCAGGUGGCGAUGAGGAGAAGACACAGAUCACAAGGGGGAGAGGAUGGACAGACCAGAACCAGCUGCCUCCUGCCCCCCCCCCCCAUCUCUGGCUCCAGAGGAAGAAAUGAAACUGAAACUAACAGGAGACGUGGCGGGGGGGCGGGAAUUUUAAUUCAUCCUGCAGCAGAGCCAGAGCCAGAGAACCAAGUUGUGCUGAGAGAACAGCAGACACUGGAAGUGCUGGGGGCUCAGGCCGUGGCCAGGCCAUGCUGAGUUGGUCGUCCAGACACUGAGUUGCAUUGACCCCUCACCCAGCCAGCUGUGGGGCAGGGACUGGAGGUCCAUGGCUCAUCCACUGACCAUCAGCUACAGCUGGGCCAUUAACUGGCUCCUCCGGUGGCCCCUGGACUGGGUCAGGAGGCAGAUGGGCCACCUGUUGCGAAAGUGUCUCAUGGUGGCCUUGGCCAUGAUGCUGGUCUCCAUCGUCCUUUGCAUCCUUGCUCCCAUGCUGCACCAGGAGACGCUGGGCAUCUCCCUCCCGAGCGCCGGGGACCCCACGGCUCUGAUGAUCCGUCCGCCGAACCUCCCCAAGGGUAUCCUCACCCUCCUCCGGGACGCCCUGCUCCACAUCGCUGCCCUGCUGUCCUUCCGGGAGCCUCUGACCAUCGCCAACCUCCUGAAGCACCGGGACCGGCUGCAGGGCCUGGACGAGGCGAGCAGCGAGCUCUGGGCCUGUCUCGAUCGGGCCGUGGAGGAGUUCAGCAAGGAGCCACCAGCGGUCCAGGCAAACGCCCGGCUGAGCAUCCAGUGUGCGGGGCGAGCACUGGAGUUCCUCUCCGGCCAGGGGGACUGCGAGAUCUCGGUCUAUCUCCUCCGCCACCGCGUCCGGUACAGCGUGGAGGUGCGGACGGCCGAGCUGUACCUGGCCAGGUUGGCCGUGCGCCCGGAGCCGCUGAGCGUGGACGAGCUGCUGAUGGUGCGGCACCGGCUCCAGGCGUGGGGGGCGCUGACCGAGGAGCUCAGAGGCUGCCUGGAUUUCGCGGUGCAGAAAUUCACGGAGGAGCCGUUCUGCGUCCAAGACGACGCCAGGAUGGUGGUGGACUGCGCUGGGCAGGCACUAAGGUUCUCCGCGGGGGCUGGGGGGAACCAGAUCAACGUCUACGACGACCGGGACGGCCGCGUCCACUACCGCAUCCGGGCAUCGGGGCUGUGGGCCCGCACCGUGCGGUUCCUCAACGGCAACUAGCCCCACCACGCCCUGAACAUCGGCCCCCUGUGGUGAAGGCCAGGGCCGGCUCUGGCUUUUUUGUCACCCCAAGCAAAAAAAAAGGGGAGGAGGGGGCUGCCGGAGUGGCA